UUCCGCGACACGUUAUCAGUAAAUUUUCAAUUCGAAAAUUUUUCUUUUCAAAUGCAUGAAUAUUAGAUACUAAAGUCUAAAAGUGUAGAAAAGUUGGAAACUCGAUAUGUCUUGGUUACAACAAUUAUUCUGGUGUGUUACCUUGACUAUCAUUUGGUUCAUCUGCAAGUCGGAAACUUCCCUACCUAAUGUCAUCAACGUCGAUCAUUUUUUAGAAAUAGAAUCGGCGAUGAUAUCGAAAGUAAAAAACUAUCUUUCACAAGAACGCGAACGUUUGAAAUUGUUGAAAGUAUAUUUGAAAGUAUGGAAAAAAUGGCGAAAAAUAUACACCAAUGAAGGAAGCGACUACCUCGCAGUACCUCAAAAUAUAUUCCACUUAUUUAAAAGGCUUACCAUGGAUUUGGGUCAGUUUGAAGACACCAUGAAGAAAAACAGCUUCAACGAUACCAUGAUGCCCGAUGACAUCAAACCUCCAACCGAUGGGCAUCUCAAAAAAGUAGUUCUAUCGUUAAUUGAUCUCCAAUACUUAUACGACUUGAAACCUAACGAAAUUAUGAACGGCACAUUGAUGGGUGAUCAGUUCAAUACCUCGUUAUCUUUGGAUUCGUGCUACUUCAUAGGAAAAACAUGUCUGGAAUUCAAUGAACAUUCAGGCGCUGUAGACUGGUUAAACACGUGCCAUCUUUUAUCAGCCAAUGACGAUGAACGUCGUAAACAAGUCUACAAUUUGUUGUAUCCCUCGUACAUAUUCUUGAAAAAUAAAGAUAAAGCAUACAGUUACGCCUCCAACUACUUAAACGAGGAACCUUACGAUAUACCUGCUCGAGACGCAAUAUUGGACAUAGGUUUCCAAUUGGAAAAGCUCAACAAUUACGACAAAGGUCAUAUGGAAACUUAUCGUCUCUGUCGAGGAGAAUUCAAGGCUGAAUCAGAAGCAACUCAAUCCACACUCAAAUGCAGAUACAAACACGAUGGCUCAGCGUUCCUGAAAAUAGCUCCACUCAAAGAAGAAGAACUACACGACGACCCAAAAAUUCUGCUUUAUAGAGAAGUCUUAUACGAUUCAGAAAUUGAGCGAAUGAAAGCUUGGGCUGCCACAAAUUUGAAAGUAGCAACGGUGGUAGGAAGAGAUGGAAAAGGAGGCCACAAAGCAUUCAAUUAUCGUGUCAGCGAGACUGCAUUUAUGGAUAAUCAAUCCCCAGAGUUUUCCAGCUUAUCUAGACGUAUUGAAGAUAUGUCCGAGCUGUCCAUUAGCACUGGUGAAAUGUGGCAAUUUCUCGGUUACACGCCGGGUGGUCAUUAUACAAUGCAUUCUGAUUAUUUACCCAAUAAUGCUCCAGACGUCAAAACCUAUGGAAACCGCGUGGCAUCGAUGUUAUUCUACUUCAACGAAGUGAUCUUCGGAGGUGAAACAGUCUUUACUAAUAUUCGCGUAUCGGUUAAACCAGUCAAAGGAUCUGCCAUAAUUUGGUACAAUAUUCACCCUGAUGGGUCCCAAAACAACAAAUUAGAUCAUUCCGCUUGUCCUGUGGUUAUAGGAGAGAAAUGGGGAUUUACACAAUGGUUCCGAUCAAAUGAUCAAAUAAGCCUCAGACGGAUCUUUGAGAAAAAUUCACCAAAAACAGCAGCGCUAUAUCAGAAAAGAAAAUGAACAUGGCGUAAAAAUCAUAACAAUCCUUAUACUCUCACAGAAGAUGGAAAUAUCAUAUUUUUUCUGUACUAUAGCCUAAUCAUAAGUUCCU